AUGUCUCAGUUCGAAGAGAAUAUUCAGGUUGAUGGGUCACAGAAGAGGAAAAGAAGAAGAAGAACCAAACAUCGCGGCCAAAAGAAUGAGCAACAGCCACUGUCCCCGCCGCCGGCACCAACACAGCAGAAACAGCAAAAACAGCAAAAACAGCAGCAGCAGCAGCAGCAGCUAUAUGAGGUAGAAAGAGAAGGUCCUCUACGCCUGAACAAGAAAAUCAAGUUUGAUGACGAUGAACUGGCGAAACAAAUACACGUUGCAGAUGUCCACGUUGAAAACGAGGCAGGAACCAAAGAGCCCACCAAUUUUCCAAACGUGCAAGAAACUUGGCGAGAUUCUCCUCGAAAAGGGCCCGGAAACACGAAAAGAGCUACGACUGUCAAGUAUCACAAUGACGCGGAUGAAUCGCUUUCCGACAGCAAUAAUAACAAGUACAGCUUCAACCAGUCUAGCCAGUCCCAUCAGUUAAUGUCCGAAAGAGCCGCAAAGCUUUUUGAAACCAGACAGAAACUACCAAUAUACCAUCACAAGGACCGCAUUGUAAAAUUCAUAACGGAGAAUCAAGUCACCAUCGUGAUUGGUGAAACCGGUUCAGGAAAGUCGACCCAGGUCCCCCAGUUUUUGGUCCUGGAAAAUGCCAAAGCCAUCGCCGUGACUCAACCUAGGAGGGUGGCAGCUGCAUCGCUUGCGGCAAGAGUCAGUGAAGAAUAUGGGUGCAAAUUGGGCGCCGAGGUUGGUUACCAAGUGCGGUUUACAAACAUGAGCAACCAUAAAACAAAAUUAAAGUACCUCACCGAUGGUAUGUUGUUGCGAGAGAUUAUGUUGGAUCAUGAGUUGACAAAAUACAGCACGAUAAUCUUGGACGAGGCGCAUGAACGAACGGUGUUGACCGAUUUGAUCAUGGGUUUUUUGAAAUCGCUCGUGGUUUCUGGCAAGAGAAAAGACUUGAAAAUCGUCAUCAUGUCGGCCACAUUGAACGCCGAGCUCUUCAGCAAAUUUUUUGACGAUGCGCCCAUCUUGUAUGUCGAGGGUAAAAUGUACCCCGUGUCGCAGAUGUACAUUGCUAACGAAGACUCCGAGGACAUUGUUGAUUGCAUGAUACGGUCCAUCAUCAAAGUGAACUUGACCGAGCCCGAAGGUGAUGUGCUAUGCUUCUUACCGGGGCAGGAGGAAAUUGACAAUUGCGUCAAGAGUCUUGAGGAGCUCGCGCCGCAAUUGCCGCGGGAGGCACCCUUGAUUGUGCCGCUUCCCUUGUACGCGGCGUUAUCCCCUCACCAGCAGCUGAAAAUUUUUGAAACUAUGCCACGCGGAAGAAGGAAGAUUAUCUUGGCUACAAACAUUGCAGAAACCUCGAUUACCGUGCCAGGAGUAAAGUAUGUCAUAGACUCUGGUUUGAGAAAAGUCAAGUUUUGGAAGCAUAAUCUCGGCUUGUCGACUUUACUCACCACCCCGAUCUCGCAGGCAUCAGCUAGGCAGAGGGCAGGUAGAGCUGGGAGAGAAAGCGCUGGGAAGGUGUUCCGGCUUUAUCAGGAGUCGCAAUAUGCUAGUCUCCCCAAGCAGCAGGAGUCCGAAAUCAAGCGAAACGACAUCAUCUUGCCCGUGCUUACCCUCAAAAAAUUGGGCAUUGACGAUUUGUUGAACUGGACAUGGCUCGAAGACCCUGGCUCCGAGUCCAUCUUGAGCGCAUUAAACACCUUGUACACUCUCGGAGCAUUAAACGACGCGGGCAAGAUCACGGAGUUGGGAUACAAAAUGAGCGUGCUCCCUUUGCCACCUCAGUUAUCGGUGGUCUUGCUCACUGCUGUGGAAAUGGGCUGCUUGGCGCCCGUGAUUGACAUUGUGUCGUGCUUGUCGGUGGACAAUUUGAUCAUCAACGUAACGGGAGAAGCAAGAGAUGAGUUGAAUUUUAAACGGAGAUCAUACUGCCCAAAGGGAAACACACACGGCGACUUGAUUGCCUUGUAUGAGUUCUAUCAAGCUUAUUUAUCGAUGGGUAAAGAAUGGUGCCAGGAGUUGAUGUUCAACUACAAGGGGUUUAAAAACGUGGGAAAGAUUAAAAAUCAGUUGAAAGAGUACAUGCUUGCGACGAUUAAACAGAAUGAGUUUAUAAGCAACGCCGAGAAAAACAAGCAGUUGGCAUCUCUCCGGAUGCAACUUGACGAUGAUGAUGAUGAUCACAAAGAAGAAGGUGAAGAACAGCGAGCGAGGGCAAAAGGGAAGCCACUUGAUGUCGCAGCAGUGCUAAAAUCGUUUCUCAAGGGGUUUGUAACCAACACCGCCGUGGGCAUGCCCGACCGAUCUUUUCGAACAUUCACCACGGGCCAGCUCAUCAGCAUACACCCGUCUUCCGUCUUGUUUGGGAAGCCCAACAUGGAUGCCAUCAUGUAUAUCGAAUACGUGUAUACCACGAAAGGUUAUGCGAGAAAUUGCUCCGCGAUCCAAUUGUCAUGGAUCCAAGAAGUUGCUCCUCACGUCAUGGCAGGCCAGAAAAUUAGCCUGAACGAAUAA